GUCAACUCAAGUUCAAGAAUUGCUUAGCAUUCGGUAAAACCAAAAAUAGGUUGCCGGCAAAAAUAUUCGUAGACUAUUCAUAAUUUAAUUGGUUUUUAUAUGGAAUUACACUAAAGUCUACAAGAAAACUAAACAAGAUGACUGUGGAGACACAGAGUAAGGCGAGGCUCUCGCAGAUUACGUCUGAUAAACAGCUUACAUUUAUAAAAUUAGCUGUUUUAUCAAUGGCAGCGAUUUUAUCGUUUGCUACACGUCUCUUCUCUGUUCUACGUUUUGAAAGUGUGAUACACGAAUUUGAUCCAUAUUUCAACUAUAGAACAACACGCUACUUAACCGAGGAAGGGUUUUAUAAUUUUCACAAUUGGUUUGAUGACAGAGCAUGGUACCCGCUAGGACGUAUUAUUGGUGGUACUAUUUACCCUGGCCUCAUGGUCACAUCAGCCACGCUGUACAAUAUAAUGCAGUUCCUAAACAUUACAAUAGACAUAAGGAAUGUAUGCGUGUUCCUCGCACCAUUCUUCUCAUCCCUCACUACAAUUGUGACUUACUUACUCACUAAGGAAUUGAAGGACGAAGGUGCAGGUUUGGUGGCAGCGGCGAUGAUAGCGAUCGUGCCAGGCUACAUAAGCCGCUCGGUGGCAGGCAGCUACGACAACGAAGGAAUCGCCAUAUUCUGCAUGCUGCUGACUUACUACUUCUGGAUCAAAGCUGUCAACACCGGCACCAUACUGUGGGCUACCAUGACUGCUCUAGCUUACUUCUACAUGGUAUCCUCCUGGGGUGGUUACGUGUUCCUAAUCAACCUGAUCCCGCUGCACGUGCUGGCGUUGAUGCUGCUGGGACGUUUUUCUGCGCGCGUGUACGUUGCAUACAGCACUCUGUACUGCGUCGGUACAGUACUCUCCAUGCAGAUCUCCUUCGUCGGCUUCCAGCCUGUACAGAGCUCCGAGCAUAUGCUGGCGUUAGGCGUAUUCGGUCUCUGCCAACUGUAUGCUUUCGCGGAUUAUCUUCGCUACCACCUCUCUCCAGCGAACUUUGAGCUCCUCUUCAAGGCGCUUUUGACUACUUUGCUGGCAACUUUGGGAACAGCUGUUGUCGUACUUACUGUGACUGGUAAAAUUUCACCAUGGACUGGCAGAUUCUACUCUCUGUUGGACCCGUCGUACGCCAAAAAUAAUAUUCCUAUUAUUGCUUCCGUGUCUGAGCACCAGCCGACCUCAUGGUCUUCGUUCUACUUCGACUUGCAAGUGCUAGUUUUCCUGUUCCCGGCCGGCCUCUACUUCUGCUUCGCCAAGCUCACUGACGCGAACAUCUUCAUCAUCCUCUAUGGCGUACUCAGCAUAUACUUUGCGGGUGUGAUGGUACGUCUGAUGUUGGUACUGGCUCCGGUGAUGUGCAUCGUCUCUGGUGUUGCCGCUUCAAGUUUACUGAGCCUUCAUGUUAAAGACAUAGAGCCUAAAGUCGAGAAACCCGAUAAGAAGAAAAAGCAUGAAAAUAAUCUCGUUUUCAGAUCCGAGGUGGGAGCGAUAUUCGUAUGCGUGUUGGGCUGCCUGCUAGUGUCAUACGUGUUCCACUGUACGUGGGUGACGUCAGAGGCGUACUCGUCUCCCUCGAUAGUACUGUCGGCGCGCGCACACGACGGCGCCCGCAUCAUCUUCGACGACUUCCGCGAGGCCUACACUUGGCUCAAGAUGAACACUCCAGAGGAUUCAAAAGUGAUGUCGUGGUGGGAUUACGGAUAUCAGAUAACAGCGAUGGCGAAUCGAACGGUGAUAGUGGACAACAACACUUGGAACAACACGCACAUAUCGCGGGUGGGGCAGGCCAUGGCGUCGAGCGAGGAGCACGCGUACGAGAUCAUGAGGGAGCUUGACGUGGAUUAUGUGCUUGUUAUAUUCGGUGGACUCGUUGGAUAUUCCUCUGACGACAUCAACAAGUUCCUGUGGAUGGUGCGCAUCGGCGGCAGUACGGACCGCGGGGCGCACAUCAAGGAGGCGGACUACUACACCGGCUCGGGCGAGUUCCGGGUGGACGCUCACGGCUCGCCCACGCUGCUCAACUGCCUCAUGUACAAGAUGAGCUAUUACAAGUUCGGCCUCGUCUACACCGAGGGAGGUCGACCACCCGGCUACGACCGCGUACGCGGCGCGGAAAUCGGAAACAAAGACUUUAACCUUGACGUACUAGAAGAGGCGUACACCACAGAGCACUGGCUAGUUCGUAUUUACAAGGUGAAACCUUUACCCAACCGGGGUCUUUGAGUAGACACACACAAACAAAAGAAGUGAAAGUUAUCUAAAAACAUUUUACUUUGUGAUAAGGAUGAGGGGGAAAUUCAAUACUAAAACUAAAUGAUUUAACCAUCAACUCCGUGUGCCGUUUUCGUGUAAACUGUGCUAUUAAAAUAUUAAAAUACAAGUGUCAUAAAAAUAAAUUAAAAACAAUAAAAGUAGAUUUUCUUUAUGUAGGUGGGUUUCUAUCAGUGGCGUGCACAGGAUUUUUGACCUGAGUAUGCAUAAAGAAGGAAGAUAGCAUAAGUUGGAAAGAUCCUUGCUCUUUAUGAGUUAUGCAAAAAUUGUAGGCUAAGCAGUGCUUUUGUGCUUGUAUGUAGUGCACGCCACUGGUUUCUAUACUUAUCUAACAAUUUAAAAAUUAAGUUUAAACAAGAAUUACAAAAAUAUGGUUUACCUUAUAAGACAAGUAAUAAAAACUAGACUUCG